UCUCUCUCUAAGAUGUUUGAGUUUGGGGAUGAACUAAUUAUUGACAGCUACAGGAUUCCAUGGCUGAUUUGGAUCCAACUACUAGCUAUGUUUCUUCUCGUUAUCCUCCUUUAUAUUUUCACCACCACCCCUUCCGAUCUACCCCUCCAUUUCUCCACCGCCACCUCCUCCGCCUCCGCUUCGCAGUCAUCCCCCGCCCUAUCUCGCUCUUUCAUCACUCCCGCCGCUGCAAACACUUAUCAGAAUUACAAGGUUACAGAAAAUGAAAUAAUAAGGGAGACAGGAACAAGCACAAGUGAAGUAGCACAAAGGGCAAAGAAACCGAAUGUUGGUGAGGGCCCCACCGCAGUAGAUGAGGAAAACAACAUGAUAUUGGAACAUUCAUAUCAUCCUUGUCAUCUUUUUGGGCUUGCAAAACAAGCUUUUCUCAAGUGUUUAGGGAUAGAUUCUGGACCUGAUAACUCUAACUCUACCAGAAAAAGACACAAAGAAAAAGAUGAAUGACAUGUAUACUCUUCUUCUUUCUCCCUUUCUUUCAAACUUCUUGUGAAUGUAUAGUAAUCUUCUCUUCUUUCAUCUAUUGUUCUCAUGAGCU